AUGAGGAAGGCCCCGCACGAGACGUCGACCAUUGGCUCCAUGGGCUGGGAGCUGAAGGCAACCUCGAGCAUGACCAGAGGCACCCCCACCCAGCGAUGCUCCGCCAGGUCGAAGGCGAUGUUGCUGUCCAUCUCGCCUGUCUUCGAGGGCACCUGGAGCUCGGCCACGCUGAGGACGAUGGCCGGGCACCCUGCGGCACCCGAGGAGCGGGCACCGGGCGAGAUGAUCUGGAACAUCCGCAGCGCCAGCAGCUCGCCGACGCGACAGCACGUCUCGAACAUGACCAAGCAUCCGAGCGCAUGCCUCUCUUGGCCAGUCCAACAACUUCCCUGCGAUGGCGCACGCGGCUUGCUAGGGCAGCGGCGGCCGCGAUGCCGGAGGGCCGAGCCGAGCCCAGCGGCGCGUCGAGGCGCAGGCCCGGGGGAAGAGCAAGCGCGCCGAUCCGCCCAGCUGCGGCGAAGCCCAAAGCACAGCGUACAGCGCGCGGACGGUGGACUCCCUCGACUACUGCUCGUCGCAGCGGCGCUCGAUGAAGUCGACCGGGAUCGGAUCCCACGCGGCCGCCGAGAACUGCGGGAGCUCCCGGCACUGCAGAAAGGCGACCAGCUGCCCCAGGAAAACCAGGUAGGAGGCCUGCGUCGCUUUUCUGAUGCGGUUGGCCUGCAGCAGCGCGAGACGAGGAUCCAGACGACCACGCAGACGAGCCAGCUCCACCUUGCGCCGCCGCCCCUGAGGGCGCUGCGCGCGAGGGCGGCAGCGGCCGCACUGCGACCCUCGCUCGGCAGGGCCGCUUGGCUCGGGCAUCGGGGGGGCGGGGAGGGGGGCGACGAGAACGAGGAGGACGCGAGGAGGAGGUUGGGGGGAGGGCGCGCGUGGAUCCUGAAGCUG